UCUUAACCCUUUGCAUAGUUAUUGAAAUUUAUAAAUAAAUAAAUCAAAGACAAUUGACUAAAUCAUUAAAAUAAAAUAAAAACAUAAUCCAGGUCAGACCGAUCACGUGCCAAGAUGCGAAAUCAACGGUCCACAUCACCCUCCACUCACAAAAUCGGACGGCUCCAAACCCGUCCGUGAAAACACACACUUAUCGACUAACAACGGUCCACAACACUCCACGUGUCACCCUGGAUUCGCAUUAUUAACUCUCUGAUCCAACGGACCCAAACUCAAUUCAUUUUCGCUCCCAAAAUUUCUCUCUCUCUCUCUCCCUCUCUCUCUCUCAAAACUCCGAUUCGUCAUUUUAAUUUUCCGAUCACUCUCCGAAACCCGAAAUUUCCGCUAACUUCAAAACCAAAAAGAAAAAAAAAGGUUUGAAUUGAAGAAAAUUACCUCCAAGGUCCAUCAAUGGCGGACUCCGACAACGAUUCCGGCGGUAGGGGCGGAGGAAGCGGCUCGGCCAAUGAGCAGUCGCCGCGUGAGCAGGACAGGUUUUUGCCGAUCGCGAACGUGAGCCGGAUCAUGAAGAAGGCGCUCCCGGCGAACGCGAAGAUCUCCAAGGACGCGAAGGAGACGGUGCAGGAAUGCGUGUCGGAGUUCAUCAGCUUCAUCACCGGCGAGGCCUCAGACAAGUGCCAGAGAGAGAAGAGGAAGACGAUCAACGGCGACGAUUUACUCUGGGCGAUGACGACGCUUGGGUUCGAGGACUACGUGGAGCCAUUGAAGGUUUACUUGCAGAGGUUCAGAGAGAUGGAAGGAGAGAAGACUGUGGCGGCGCGUGACAAGGACGGCCCCGGUGGCGCCUCGUCGGUGACUGUGAGUGUGGGUUUGGGAAAUGGAAGUGAUGUUUAUGGAGUGAGUAGUAGUAGUACUAGUAGUGGGAUGGGGAUGAUGAUUCAUCAAGGACACGUGUAUGGCUCUGGUGGGUUUCAUCAUAUGGCGGGUGGCGGUGGUGGCAGUAACAGCGGUGGUUUAAGUGGACCCAGCUACGUAGGACUCGGGUCCAAUACAGGUCGAUCAAGAUAACUACGAUAACAUGUGUAUUUAUCAGAGUAAUGCUAGAGACAUAAUUUGCCACACGUGGUGAGUUGUGAUUGAUAAAAGUAUGUUCUCACCUAGUCUAUCAUCAUAUUUUUACUAAUUAUAACUCGUCACGUGACAAGUUGUGGUACAAAAUUGUAGUAAAUUAUGUGUUCCUAUUAUUACUUGUAUUUAACGUUCCUUCUAUAUAUAUGUAUAAUUUUUACGCAACGAGUCUAGGUUUGUCGAACUUGGAUACAAUAGAAGUUGAUU